GUGUAGUGUAUCCAGUUCUCUUUAGGUUUCACUCUUUACCCAUAGCAUUUCAUUUUAGGGCAUACAAAUAAUUGGAAUGCCCCCCUUCUCCCUUCUCCCUAUCCCUGUAUGGGAAUACAAUGUUCACUCACAACGUUGAACCAGAGGAGGAUGUUCUAUGUAACAUUAUUGAUUCUGCGACCAUCCUAGGAAGGAAUGCUAGUGAGAGCUCUUCAUCCUUACUCCAGGAAUUAACAGACUUGUCAUCAGAGGUAUUACAGGGCUUGGACUUACAACGAAGCUUCACAACCAUUCUCAGACAUUAAUCACAUUUUGGUACUUGCAGUUCAAAGGCAAAUCAUCUGUACAAUUAUGAUUUAGAUGAAAUUUAGGAAUCAUGAAUGUGCUUUACUUUGGUCUUAUUCAGAAACCAGUAGCCUUUCCUCAUGGAUGGUAGCAAGUUUGGCUUGCACAGUGGAGGCUGUGUGCUGUGCAGGUUAACAGCAUGCAAUUACCAAGGCUCCAACGGCAGCUCUACCAACACAGAAGCAAAAGUGGAAACCAUGGCAGAGUUCUUAGAGUAGAAAUAGAACUAUAAGACUGAGAAUAGUGGCUCGGAUGAUUGGGAAGCUAUGGCCAGUGAAGAGGAGACAGAAGAAGAAGGAAAUACAGUUCAUAUAGAAGUAAAAGGAAACCCUGAAGAGGAGGAGGAACAAGAGGAAGAGAAAGUUGAAGAAAGUGAAGAAGAAGAAGAAGAAGAGGGAGAAAGUGAAGGCAGUGAAGGUGAGGAACAAAAUGAAAAGGUGUCAGAUGAGAAGGAGUCAUGGAAGACAUUAGAUGAAAAGUCAAAUAAAUAAAUGAGCUCAGAUUCUGAAUAUGACUCUGAUAAUGA